AGCAAGAACCAGCUCCGUGGGCAGGCACUGGAAAAGCAGUCAGGAAAGAAUCACAGGAAGCUCCUGAUUUUGCUGCCUGGUGGCCCCCUGAGCAGGUUUCCAGAGGCACAAGUAGCAGAAAACACCUUGAGAAUGACAAGGAAGAUCUUCACCAACACCAGGGAGAGGUGGAGGCAGCAAAAUGUCAACAGUGCCUUUGCCAAGCUGAGGAAGCUCAUUCCCACCCACCCACCAGACAAAAAGCUGAGCAAGAACGAGACGCUCCGCUUGGCCAUGAGAUACAUCAACUUCCUCGUCAAGGUUCUGGGAGAGCCAGGCCUGCAGCAGACAGCAGUGGCAGCCCGGGGCAGCAUCCUGGGGCUCUUCCAGCAAGCCCCGCACUUGCAGAGCAUGGAAGAGCUGACACUGAUUGAAAACUGUGGUGUCUCCUGUCCUGGCAUGAGCAGCAAUAUAGUAGAGUGUUGGUCAGAGGCAUCAUCCCCCUAGCAGACAAUGAGAUGUGCAAGUCUCGGUGUUAGUGUGAUAGUCUCUCUCUCCUGGCAGAAUCUGUGGGUUGCUCUUCUGUGUAUUGUGAUUAUUUAUUUGUAUUUAUUGCUAUUUAAUUUGCAUUUUUAUUUAAUAGUAUAGGAAAUCCUUGGUCGUGCAAAAACCUGGAAGUCCAGAUGGAGAACUUGUGAUCUUUGGGAGCUUGGAAGGACUCGCUGCUGUCAUGGCAGAGUCCAGGCCAGGAGAGUCUUCUGUCCAGAUCUCCUCCAUAAAUCAGGACAUAGAAAUUCUUUCUCUUUCCUGACAGGGAAAGAGAUUAUUCUCCUAUUCUAUUUCAAGGAAACACUAUUGAGAUGAAGAAUUAUGACAGCACCAUAAAAUUUGUCCACAACAGAUAUCUGGCCUCAGUAGUGAAAGAUUUUGAGAGAUAUGAUAUUUGACACAGUCCUCCAUGAGUUGUUCUAGGGGCUAAUUGCACUCACUCUUGAACUUGUGGAUCUUAUUUCUAGCUUGAUUCCUUUUUUUAAAAAUUUAAGUCCUAGCCCUUGAACCUGGCUACAUAUUUCUUCAUCAGACUGGAGGGACCCCUUAUGUCAGAGAAAAGCAUAUUAAGCAAAAUUAAAUGUUAGGUUAAAGCAAAAAGUGCCGAUUCAAAACGACAAAAUCCAUAGUCAUAGAUGAGUUUCAGUGGGUUCAAUAGGCAAAGUAAAUCUUCUCCAUAGCAGUGACAGUUACACAGGAAGGAAGAUGAUCAGCUAUACCCCAGCUGCCUUAAAAGAGGUUGAUGACUCAAUGCCUUUGUUCUUCUGUGGGAGCUGUGGCAAUGGGGGAGGUCCUUUUUGGGAGGGAGGCGCCAGGACAAAAUCCUCAGUGAAAACCUUUGUGGACAAACCUUUGUGUCUACGGUUAUGCAUGCAUACCUCACUGACUGCCCUUAAACUCCCCAAUUUCACCUGCCCUAGCUGAGGUUCUCCCACCUGAAUACCAUCCCAAAGGGGCCAACGGAGCAAGGACAAGAAAAUGGUGUAAAUAUCUUCCAUUUAUGAGUCACUGCCCUGUAGGAACCAUCAGGCUGUGGGUAUUUACAUGAUAAGCUGCAUGAAAGUGGCCACUGUGCGUUAUUGCUGCCCACAAAAAAAUCCAAUUUAAUUUCCUGACUUGAGUUAUAACCUGUGCCAGACAAGGCCUGGUCUGCUCAUGUGAUUGAUAAGCAGACCAAAAUAGCAGAGAAAAUGACACCAGGUUUAAGCAGAAUGGCUUUCUGGUGAGAUCCUGCUUCCACUGACACAAGUGCCUCUUGAUUUUCAUGUGGACCAAGGUACAUGUCAAGGCUUAGAAAAGACAAUUUUUCAUGACUGGUGAAGAAAUGUAGCUCCUGUAGGCCAAAGCAUGUCCCUGGGCUGUUUCUGAUUGUUCAUGAGACAAAGAGGUGCUUUCAGAAAGCAGAACGAGGGUUUGUGCAUGCAGCAUGCACGGCCUUUCUGCAUGAGGGGAUUUGGCACCUGAAGCUGAGCUGCCUUUCAAAGCCUCACCAAGCACCAGGUGCACCAAACAAGCCAGGGCUGGCUCCUGCUGUGGGAAAGUUGAGCUGUCCUCAGCCUUGACAAAAGCCAAGGUCUGACAAGAACACAGCUCACCCCAUCCAGCGCUGGUGCUGGGAGGUACAGGCAUGCCAGUGGACAGAUUUUGACCAAAAGAAAGAAAGAAAAAAGAAAGCUGGAAGGGUUCACGUCGAUUUGGUUUCCUUUCUGAACACUGCUAACACUUUGCUUGUCCCUGGGUUUGUGAGUUGCCAGGAUGGCUCUGGGCAGCCGCUGAGAGGAAAGGCACGGAGAGUCCUUCGUUUGUUUCACCCCACCUUAAUGUGGCUAAAUGGAGCCACAGCCUCUUCUGCAUGGCACCUCCAAGGUAAUGAGCCACAUCCUCCUCCCAGCUGUCUGCUGGCUUGCUGGAGUUGCAGCAGGACAAAUUAGUCCAAGUAAAUCAGAGCACUCCCUGCUGUAGCGUGGUGGUGCUGUUCGGUCUAUCAGUCACUCGCUAUCCUAGGAAACACAAAUCACCAAGGCGAGGAAAAACGUGUGAGCAGCUGUCAUACUGGGAAGAGGAAAGGAAACCUGGCAAUUUUGUAACAUAACAUGCUUGUUGUAUUUUCUAUGCUAAAAACCUUCCCUUCUUGUUAUUGCUUCGGUUCAUAUUAUCAUUUCCUUUGAUCUCCUUUCAGUUUAGGAGCUCCCUACUGUCACAUUCAGCAAGCAUUUCCCUAGAUCUCUCUACCAAAGAUUUCUUUUUUUUGGUCAAGUUUCUUCUUUGUGUUUUGGGGAUUUCUUAUCUGCGUCAUCAUGAACAAAUUCAGUGCAACUGAUAACACUUUGUGCUAUAUGAUGUUAUUUAAUACCUAAUAUAUUCCAAAUAAAUUAUUUAAGAAACUAAUCUUUGUUGCUCUAAACUUCUCUAAAAUUUCAUUUCACAUUUGCAUACCACUCCGUAGAGGAUCUCAAAGACCUUAGGAUGUGAUUUCCAGCAGAGGAUUUUUCUGCUGUCUCUUAUGCAAGAGUCUUGGUAGUAGAAACAAUAUUAUCAGAUGAUGAAUAAUGACAGGAAUUCUUUGUUUAUUUUGUAAUUUCUUACGCUUUUAGUUAAUAUUGUAUUUCCAUCUAUGUGCUAAGAUU